AUGCUUGGGCGACCAAUCUCGGUCCCCAUCCCUGGGCUUCUUCUUUCCAGUGUGAUCAUCGGAGAGAAUGGAUUGGCAACUUCUACCUUGUACGAUUUGGAAAGAGUUAUUCAACAGCGGAAGUCAGAGCCCGAUGGGAAAAAGCCGUCGUGGACGAAGCGGCUUUUGCAGGACCAGAAGCUGCUUUGCUCCAAGAUAAGGGAGGAGGCGGGUGAGCUGUGCAAGACAGUGGAAGAAAACGAAGGCAGGAAAAGGACUGUAUCAGAAAUGGCCGACGUCUUGUACCAUUCGAUGGUGCUGCUUGCAGCGCAAGACGUGAAGAUGGCAGAAGUUAUGGAAGUUUUGAGAGCGAGAUUUUCUCAAUCAGGCAUUGAGGAGAAGAGCAGCCGAGGCAGGAGUUCAAGUUGAGGGAUCUUUCAACUCAGGCCAUAGAUGUUGGAACUUCCAAAAUGCAAGACUCUAGCACCAACAUGUAUUUCAUUCUAGAACGUUAUGUAGGAUUGUGCUUACAGUCCAGAUAUGGGACCCUUUACAACAUUAGCUAGUUAGGUAGUUUCUGGGAAUGGAGGGCACACAGUUAUGAAGAA